CGCUGCUGCCUGGGAGCCCCGCUCGCCCCGCGCGGCCGCCGCCCCGCCGCUCGCGGCUGCAGCCUGAAGCAGCGACGUGGCAGGAGGCGGUCGGCGAAGCCCGGCGGGUGUUCCUCCUCCGCUGCGGAGCGGGAGGCGAGGGCACAGACGGUGAGGCAGCAGAAUGAAGUUGGAGUGGUGUAGUCGAUUUGCCCUUUGCUCCAAGACAACCAGCCAGACCUUUCUGCUUGGAGGAGUUUUCAUUGCAUUGGGCUCAAGUCGAAUCCUGCUGAUGAAGUACUCUGCCAAUGAAGAUAACAAGUAUGAUUACCUUCCUACAACAGUGAACAUGUGUUCUGAAGUAGUAAAACUGGUCCUAUGUGUAGUGUUGGCACUUUGGAAUAGGAAAAAAGAAAAGGGUUGUACGGAUCAGCUCUCUGAAUGUUUUUCCUGGAAGAUUGUAUGUAAUUCCAUGAAAUGGUCAAUUCCUGCCUUUCUUUACUUUUUGGAUAACUUGAUUGUCUUCUAUGUACUGUCCUACCUCCAGCCAGCAAUGGCUGUACUCUUCUCAAAUUUUGUCAUUAUAACAACAGCUCUUCUCUUCAGGAUAGUGCUAAAGCGAAGACUCUCUUGGGUACAGUGGGCGUCUCUGGUGAUUUUAUUCCUGUCCAUUGUUGCCCUGACCCGAGGAACUGGAGGCCAUCAGCACAGCUUGGCUGCCCAUGGAUUUCAUCACAGCAUGUUUUUUAGGCCAUCUAACCACUGCCUUCUCGCCACUGGGCCUGAGGAAGCGUGUGUGGAAAAGGGCAACUGCGCAGCGCCAAGUUUCCUCCACAGCUUCCAGUGGAAUGUGACCAGUACCAUGGCAGGAGCACUGAAGCCUCUCCGCCUCAGCCUGGGCCAUCUGCUUAUUCUAGUGCAGUGUUUUGUGUCUGCCCUGGCUAACAUCUACAAUGAAAAGAUGCUGAAAGAUGUGGAUCAGCUUGGGGAAAGCAUCUUCACACAGAACAGUAAGCUCUAUGCCUUUGGAGUGCUGUUCAAUGGGCUCAUGCUGGCGCUGCAGGCUAAGGACCGGAGGCAGAUAGGGAACUGUGGCUUCUUUUAUGGGCACAACGUCUUCUCCGUGGCUCUUAUAUUUGUCACAGCUUUCCUGGGGCUGUCUGUAGCUUUCAUCUUGAAGUUCCGAGACAACAUGUUCCAUGUCAUGACUGCUCAGAUCAACACUGUCAUCAUCACCACUGUGUCUUUCGUCGUCUUUGACUUCAGGCCUUCUCUGGAGUUCUUUUUGGAAGCUCCUGUAGUGCUUCUCUCCAUAUUCAUUUAUAAUGCCAGUAAAGCAAGAGGCCUGGAAUAUGCCGCUCUGCGGGAAAGGGGAAAACUCAUCAAAGGAGAUGCAUGGGAGAGGUCGAGUGGGGAUGGAGAAGAAUUUGAGAGAUUGAACAAACCAAGCAGUGACAUUGAUACAGAUGAAGAUUCACUGUAGCAUGAGGCUGGCUUGGAGGAGUGCUAUUACUCACAGUGAGAGAGAGUUAUUUUAUUGACAUGAGGAAGGGUCGUUUUUCCCCACUGACAGACUAUUUGGAACUGUUUUGGGGCUGGAUGUCAAAUGUGGAUGAGGACAAUAUUCAAGCUGUGUAUGUGGAGAGUUGUAUUCCUUUGUGCCUGUCUCCCAGUGUCUGGGGAAAUGGAAAUCUGGAAUGCCUUUGUAGCAGCUGGUGAAUUUUACAUGCAGCUUACGUGGCCUAACUUUGAAAGAGCCUGAAUAAAACAAAAGUUUAUUAAACAGUA